UGCAACAGGUCACGCCCCUCUUUACUCCCUUUCUUAUACCAAGAAGGAAAAAACACGGAACUACCACUAUCCGAUCUGGUCCCCGUACGCCUAUUACCUCUACUGUUACAAGUAUCGGGUCAUCCUCCAGGAGAAGAUGCUGCCCUGUUGUUGUAAAAGCAUCACUGAUAAGGAACGGGAGGACCUGACACUCCGGCCCCGUUCCUGCCUUCAGUGCUCCGAGUCCCCUGUCGGUCUCCAGGUGGGCAGCAGCACUGAUCAGGGUGACAGCAACCCGCUCAAAGAAGUGUACUCGGCUGGGAACCUGACAGUGCUAGCUCCUGACCCCCUGCUCCACCAGGACCCAGUGCAGGUGGACUUCCACUUCCGCCUCACCCCCUCCACCUCUGCCCAUUGGCACGGCCUUCUCUGUGACCAUCGACUCUUCCUGGACAUCCCAUAUCGGGCCUUGGAUCAAGGGAACAGGGAAAGUUUGACGGCAACACUGGAGUACGUGGAGGAGAAGACAGAUGUGGACUCAGUGUUUGUGAACUUCCCAAACAAUCGGAAUGAUCGAGGUGCCCUCCUGCGGGCCUUCAGCUACAUGGGCUUUGAGGUGGUCAGACCAGAUCACCCUGCCCUCCCGCCCUGGGACAAUGUCAUCUUUAUGGUGUACCCCCUUGAAAGGGACCUUGGCCACCCACCCAAUGAGCCUCCCUGA